GUGGGUGUGCUGCAAGCAGUGACUCAGAGGAGAAACAGGAAGUGUUUUCUACUUAAAAGUUCUCCUCCUCCACUAAAUCUUUUCUUCUGUUUAUCUUCAAGCCCUCACAGAUACUCACUACAGAAAGAAUGCUUCCUUUCCAGGCAGAUCCGGAUCAGUUUGGACCUAAGGUGAGGGAGGUGGGGCUGCACUGCUGGAGGGUGGAGAAGCUGAAGGCUGUCCCACUGGCGGCUUCUGAAGUUGGAGCUUUCUAUAACGGAGACUCUUACCUGGUGCUGCAAAACAGAGGAGAUGAAGGAGCUGAUCUGCAUAUGUGGAUCGGUGAAAAGUCGACCCGUGAUGAGCAGGUCGCUUGUGCCGUCUUGGCCACUCAGCUGGAUAACUUCCUGGGUGGAGAUCCGGUCCAGCACAGGCAGGUGCAGGGCUACGAGUCGCCUGAGUUCAUGGGUCUGUUCCCCAGAGGAAUCAGCUAUAAGGAAGGAGGAGUGGAUUCAGCAUUUAGGAAACAGCAGACGGGUUCUGGUCCGGUUCAGAGGUUGUAUUGCAUUAAGGGAAAGAAGAACAUCAGGGCGAAGGAGGUGGAACUGAACUGGUCCAGCUUUAAUAAGGGCGACUGCUUCAUCCUCGACCUGGGACAGACUAUCGUGUCAUGGGUCGGCUCUCAGGCCAAUAUUUUUGAGAAGCAGAAGGUGCAAGAGAUCGCUGCUCUCAUCCGAGACACUGAGAGACACGGCAAAGCUCAAAUCACUAACAUCAGAGAGGGAGAGGAGACCCCUGAGAUGCUGAAGGUUCUAGGUCCGAUGCCGGCACUGAAAGAGAGCAGUCCAGAGGAAGACAGCCAAGCAGACGCAUUGAACGUGGCCUCGCUCUACAAGGUUUCAGAUGCGACAGGGUCGAUGAAGCUGACCAAAAUCCCUGAAAAGAGUCCGUUUGCCAAGGACCUGCUUGUACGUGAUGACUGCUUCAUCUUGGACAACGGAGCCAAUGGCAAGAUCUUUGUCUGGAAAGGCAGUGGCGCCAAUGCUGAAGAGAAGAAAGCGGCCCUGAAGGUUGCAGAUGAUUUCAUCGAGAAGAUGAACUACCCCAGGAUGAAAACACAGGUGGAGAUCACACCACAGGGCAGAGAGACCAUCAUCUUCAAGCAGUUCUUCCAAAACUGGAAUUAAAAUCUUCGGUUUACCAUAAAGUAAAAAAAAAAAAAAGAAUGUCACAGUGACUCAAGUAGUGUUUUAUUCUUAAAAUAAAUAAAUAAAUAAAUCCUCAAUUUAAAUAUUUCUCACAGAGCUGCGACGAUAUGGUGAUAUAAUAAAAAAAAAGAUAAUAAUAAAUUAUAAUAAAAAAAAAACGAUACAAUAUGUAGUAUAGUAUUACGAUAGUAUAUACGAUACAAUAUUCUGGAAUAUAGUAAAAAUUAAUUUUCCUUUUUAUUUUAUUUUUAUUGCAAGACCAAACGCACUUAUAAACGAAACAAACUGCCAGUGAUGAGCUCGGUAGGUGUUUAUUUACCAGUACAUUCAGGCCAAUAUCAUGUUUAACAGUGAUCAUGGAGUGUCUUUUUUACCUCUUGUUUGUUAAUAUUGUUUGCUAAAUUGAAAGCGAAGCAAUAAAAGUCACAGUGGAGCAAAAA